UCCAGCUUCUAGAAUUUUGGAGCAACUCUGGUCAGUAGAGAAUGGACCCAGUAGUCUUGAGUUACAUGGACAGUUUACUGCGGCAAUCAGAUGUCUCCCUGCUGGAUCCUCCAAGCUGGCUCAAUGACCAUAUUAUUGGGUUUGCCUUUGAGUACUUUGCCAACAAUCAGUUUCAUGACUGCUCUGACCAAGUCUGCUUCAUCAGCCCCGAAGUCACCCAGUUCAUCAAGUGUACUAACAACCCAGCAGAGAUUGCCAUGUUCCUUGAACCCUUGGACCUCCCCUACAAGAAAGUUGUGUUUUUAGCUAUCAAUGAUAACUCCAACCAGACAGCUGGAGGAACCCACUGGAGUUUGUUAGUUUAUUUCCAAGAUAAAAAUAGCUUUUCUCAUUAUGAUUCCCAUAGCAGGAGCAACUCUGUCCAUGCAAAGCAGGUAGCAGAGAAACUGGAGGCUUUCUUAGGCAGAAAAGGAGACAGACUGGCCUUUGUGGAAGAGAAAGCCCCUGCUCAACAAAACAGCUAUGACUGUGGGAUGUAUGUGAUCUGUAACACUGAAGCCUUGUGUCAGAACUUCUUUAAGCAACAGCCAGAAGCACUGCUGCAGCUACUCACCCCUACGUACAUCACAAAGAAGAGGCGAGAAUGGAAAGAUCUCAUUGCCAGACUUGCUAAAAAUUAACUGUUGAGGUACAUUUAUGGCUUUUGAAGUUUCUUCUUUCUGCCAGUCUCCAUAUAUUGGAUGACCACAAUCUCAGUGCCUGAGGGAAAACGCCUGGUAGAGGAAAGCUUUAGUGUUCUUAGUUUUUCCUGAAAGAAUGUCAUUUUCUGCAUUAUCCUAGUGGAAAGUUUCACUUUAAUCCUCAUGUGAGAGCAUUAUGUUCUGUGAAAAUGUCUUCAAGUUAUGCACCAAAAUCUUAAAACUAACUAAUCUUAACAUUUAUGUUAUUACAUGUGAGUUUCAAGUCAGGCUUUUUUUUUCCUGUUGGUGUCAAAUUAAUGCCCUUUUGGUCUCCAGUAUCCACAUUGG